CAAGAAUGUUCCUGGGUGUGGACCGCCUUGUAUAAUUAACUGCACAGCUGUGGCUUCUGAUCCCUGGUAACGUCUGUUCCUUUCUUUCCUUCUUUCCCCCUGCCUCUACCUAGCAUUAUCCAAAGCUCAUCUCCUCCUCCUUGCAAGAGCUCCAGGUGCGUCACUUAGGCAGCAGCUGCCCCACAUUCCCCCGUCAUUCCUCACUGGGACGGCCAGCAGGCAGGCACACGGCCACAGCUGCUUCCAGGGGUCGGGGGACAGCACGGGGGGACAGGACAGAGCAGAGCAGCCAAGAAACCAACCCGCCCCGGUUAGACAAUGGAAACAGGGAGUGCAGCAAGGACAAACGGCACCGCUGGGAAGCCAGAGGAUGUGAAGAGUCCAUCCGCCCCCAAAAAGGAUGAAGAAGUGAAGAAGACGACGAAUCCUGGCGGAGGCGAGAAAGAGCCAAUAAAGGGCACUGGCGGUACCUCCCUGGAGACCGGACAAAUCAAGAGCUCCCUCUUCUCUGGGAGUGACUGGAAGAGGCCCAUCAUUCAGUUUGUGGAGUCGUCCGAUGAGAAGAGAUCGACCUACUUCAGCAUGGACUCAGCAGACUCCAAGAAGAUGCCAUUCGCCAGCGGACAGAUAGGAGACAUGAGGAGAACUCCACUCUCCUUCGCAGACAAGGGCGACCUCAGGAAGUCCCUCUUCUCCUUGGAUUCCAAAAAGAGCUUCUUGCCUAAUGAAGGGGAAGGGAGGAAGCCCUUGUUCUCCGGCGGGCAGAUAGGGGACAUGAAGAAACCAUCCCUGCCUCUGGUGGAGACGGGAGACCUGAGAAGACCCACCUUCAACAAAGUGCCUGACAGAGCAGCUGGCUCACGGCCCAGGGUGAAGCUGGAGGAUGUGCUGUGCGAUUCCUGCAUUGAUAACAAGCAAAAGGCCGUCAAGUCGUGUUUGGUGUGCCAGGCUUCCUUCUGCGAGCUGCACCUCAAACCCCACCUGGAGGGAGCAGCUUUCCGGGACCAUCAGCUCCUCGACCCCAUCAGGGACUUCGAAGCAAGAAAAUGCCCUGUGCAUGGGAAGACCAUGGAGCUGUUCUGUCAGACAGACCAGAUGUGCAUCUGCUACCUCUGCAUGUUCCAGGAGCACAAGAACCACAGCACGGUGACGGUGGAGAUCGAGAAAGCAGGAAAAGAGGCUGAACUCUCGCUGCAGAAGGAGCAACUGCAGCUGAAGAUCAUCGAGGUAGAAGAUGAAGUGGAUAAGUGGCAGAAGGAGAGGGACCGUAUCAAGAACUACACCACCAAUGAGAAAGCAACCGUAGACCAGCAUUUCAAGGAGCUGAUCCGGGACCUGGAGAGGCAGAGGGAUGAAGUGAAGGCUGCCCUGGAUCAGAGAGAAAAGAUUGCCUCGGAGAAUGUGAAAGAGAUUGUGGAUGAGCUGGAAGAGAGGGCAAAGCUGCUGCGGGAGGACAAGGAGAACAGGGAGCAGAUCCAUCAGAUCAGUGACUCCGUGCUCUUCCUCCAGGAGUUUGGGGCUUUGAUGCGGAAUUAUGUCCCCCCUCCCUCCCUCCCGACGUACAGCGUGCUGCUCGAAGGGGAGAGCAUGAGCCCCUCCAUGGGGCUGCUCCGUGAUGACCUCCUCAACGUCUGCAUGAGGCACGUGGAGAAAAUCUGCAAGGCAGACCUUGGCCGCAACUUCAUUGAGAGGAACCACAUGGAGAAUGGUGACCACCGGUACAUGAUGAACAACUAUGAAUGGAACCAGCCCGACAACUUGAAGAGAUUUUCCAUGUUCCUGUCUCCCAAAGCCAGUUUCAACCCACGGUCAUGGGAAUUUUCCUCCUUCCAAGCGACUGAGGAAACACUUGGUACGGUAGGCAAUGGCACUAAGCUGCCUUUUCAGUUCUCCUCGGUGGGACAGAAUCCGCCCGGUGACUUCAGCAAACAGUCUGAUGGGAGCCUCUUCACUAAGACCGCUUAUCCCUCAAUAGUGAGACAUCAGUCUGCAAAAGUGACGCCACAGACAUGGAAAUCCUCCAAGCAAUCUGUAUUGUCACAUUACCGCCCCUUUUACGUCAACAAAGGCAAUGGAGCCACUUCCAACGAGGCACCUUGAUUCCUGAAGAUGUAGGGAAGAGCUGGCAGCACUUGGAGUGAAGACUCAGCUGCGGAUUUUCAUGGAUGUACCUGCUACUAUAUUAACCUUGCUGCUCUAAUCUCUGCCAGGGAGAGGGAAGGUGCAGAAGGGAAUCGCCUUUUCUAGAGGAAACACGGAUUUUUUCCAAGUCCACUUGAAAGCUCUGCAAGCCUUAACAACAUAACUCCAUCCUCUGCUGUCACCUCCUUAC